UUCUGAUUCUCAGUAUUAGAUUCAUUGUGGAACAUAUUUUUUUAAAUUUUAAUUCUAAUUUAUUUAUAUAUGAUAGCAGAAUGAAUUGCAAUUCAUAUUACAUAUAUAGAGCACAUUUUUUAUAUCUCUGGUUGUAUACAAGGAAUGAGAUGAACAUCAUUAGGGAACAUAUUUUGUAUCAUAAAAAUUGUAUUUAAAAUGACAGUGCAGCAUGUAUACAUCCUAUAGUUGUGUAUAAUUAUACUAAAUAGUGAAAGUAUUUACAUGAUUCAAUGUUAAAAGCUCACUUUUGAUUAAAAUCUCUGAAGUUUUUUUAAUCUUUGGGGUUAAAAUGUGUACAAAUGAGGAUGAAUCUUCUCUACUUUGUUCUGCUCACAGACAUUAAAUAACCUCAUUUAAGCCUCAGUGAACUCUGAAAACAAAGCCUUGCUUAGCAAUUGAUUGAUGAUGUCCCUUAUCAAUUGUUCCUAAUAUAUUUUUAGAUAUAAACUCUUGGCCUCAUGGACCCUAAUUAUAGAUCUAUAAGGAAAUGUCAUUUGGUAUUAAACAUUUUCCCGGGAAGUAAAAAAUUCCCACAGGUUAAAAUAAGAUAAAAAUUUGGACAUUUGCCUGGGAGAAGGAAAUUUUCACAGAAGCACUUUCAAAAUAUAGUCAGUUCCAAAAAGUCACAGUACUUCUGCUUAGUUCACUUUUAAUUAAGACAACAAUAAUUCAGAACUAUUAUUUACUGGUAUUUGUAAGGUAUUCAUUACAAAUGAAAAUGUUUCGGGAAUUAUCCACUUUAUAUAUUACAUUCUGAAAUAAAUGCACUUCCAAAAUGUUUGUGUUGGAAAGCAGACAAAUUAAAUGUAUUAUGUCAUCAACACUAAGAGAAUUAGAUCAUAAUCUCUGUGGAAGAAUGCUUAGGAUUGUAUAUCCUUUGUCAUUUACACCUCUAAUUACAAACAAGUAUACUUUAAAUCAAAAACCUUGUUAAUAUGCCAGUGACUAGCGGUUUUUUUCUUUCUUUCUCUUCUUUUUCCUUCAGAUCCAGAAUUGCAUCUUGAAGGCAAAAGUGAGCAAGUUUGAGCAAGUAAUCUUGGCUAACUUUCAAUUCUAGUAAAUAGUUCUGCAUUGCAACUCAUUUUUAAAUUUAUAAUUUAUCUAGUUUGUUUUAGUGUUAAAGAAUGGACAGAUUGAAUAUUGAGGAUGAUAAAGUAUUGAGUGCUCAGGAAUAGUAGUUUAAAAGCUUUUAUUUAAGAAGCUAUAAAAUUGGAUGAGUUGAUGAAGAUUUAGGUAAAUAUUAGGAACUUAGGCAAAUAUUAGGCAAAUACUUUGGGAAUUCUAAACGUGUUCCUAUGAUGUUGGAAGAAUAACCCUUGGACAGAACGGACGCGAUCCAACUGUCAUCAUUUUAGGAAGUAUUGAGUGGGUAGGGAAGGAGGUGUGAGUAGGAGAGAGGUAGAUUCACGAAUAUAUACUAGUGUAUAUAUAUACUGGUAUAUAUACUGGAAUAUAUACUGGUACACUGUACAGUAUCCUGUAGACCCUGUAAUUACCCCUCAUUUUUACUAUUUUCCGUCUUCUUCAAAGUUGUGUCAAAAUUCCUACGUUGUCAUCCAAGUGGAAAGAAAGAUUUCUAACAGCCUGGUUGUUACCGCGGCAAUAUUUUAAAAGAUAUGAUUCAGUUUCAGGAUGUACUUUUUGGAACUUGGAAAUAAUUUUAUGCCACUACCCAUUCUCGACCCAAACCAGCAAAUGGAAGAAGCAGGGGUCCAUCAGUGAACUCCCCUGUGGACACUGUCUCAAGAGGAUGGGAUAAAGGACAAGCUGAGUAGUCUUCUAGGGCCCAAAUCCGUUUUGGCCUUUGCACUAAGAAGAGUUCAUUGAUCUGAGUUCCCAAGGUGACGAAAGGAGAAAAUUAGCAGGAAGAGCAAGCAUAGUAGCAAUGCCUGUGGGAUGGAGAUGAGGGUUCGGAACCUUUCCUCCACCCUCUUCCCCAGAGGAUGUAAGGGGGAAUCCCUCCCAGGCAUCGCUCUCAUAUCCUAAGAGGCAAGUUUCUCUGCAAGCCUUAGCCACCUGUGUGAGGAGCUCCCUGUGGGAAAGGAGGCGUGAUAGAGGGAGAGCUCAGAGUCACAUCACUCCGGAGCUUUUCUUUGGGAGGCUGAGGGUCAAAACACCUCGGAGAACUCCGAGCUUGUAGGAUGCGUAGUUCACCCCGCCCUCCAGGGUGGUCAGGAUCCUGGUCUCCCAGGGGAUCCACCAGCCGGUACGCUCUGGAACCCUCUGAUGCCUCCCCAGUUUGCUCCGGGUCCUUCUGUCCGCUCCCUCCUACUUCUCCACCCGCAAAGUGAUGCUCCCGCCUCGCUCCGCCUGCACACCCCCUAGCGCGCCCCAAAGCUUUAUCAAGCUCCCUACACACGCCGCCGCCGGCUUCCUUUGGCGCCCGGCACUAGUGACCCGGGAUCAUCAGCGGCUGCCUCUAGAGGCCCCCAUUUAAGUCCCCUCCUCCCACUCCCGGGCCACCGCGCCUCCGGGGGCUUUUCUCCCCCACGCUACAGCGCCCACCGCGUUUCAGGUUGAAUCCCAGGUUGGAUCUGCUGUCUUGCUCAUCUCCACACUGAGCCUCUUGGUAAGCCCAGAGAAGUGGAAUCUGCACACAGAAACUCUCGGUGGCUGGAGCCGGCGGACUGGGCAUGCUCAGAAGCCAGGGUUGGCUUUGGUCUCAACUAGGAAGCUUUUGCUCUCGGGAGGCAGCGGCGACUUUGGGGAAAGUUGAUCAGAGAGGGGAGGAAGCCCCAAGACGCGGAGCAGCGGCAGGAAGGAGCACCCGGCAGCCCGGAGGAGUAUGGGCACCCUACGGGAUUUACAGUAUGCGCUCCAGGAGAAGAUUGAGGAGCUGAGGCAGCGGGAUGCUCUCAUCGACGAGCUGGAGCUGGAGUUGGAUCAGAAGGACGAACUGAUCCAGAAGCUGCAGAACGAGCUGGACAAGUACCGCUCGGUGAUCCGACCGGCCACCCAGCAGGCGCAGAAGCAGAGCGCUAACACCUUGCAGGGUGAGCCGCGCACCAAGCGACAGGCGAUUUCCGCGGAGCCCACCGCCUUCGACAUCCAGGAUCUCAGCCAUGUGACCCUGCCCUUCUACCCCAAGAGCCCACAGUCCAAGGAUCUCAUAAAGGAAGCCAUCCUCGAUAAUGACUUCAUGAAGAACUUGGAGCUGUCGCAGAUCCAGGAGAUUGUGGAUUGUAUGUACCCAGUGGAAUAUGGCAAAGACAGUUGCAUCAUCAAAGAAGGAGACGUGGGGUCACUGGUGUAUGUCAUGGAAGAUGGGAAGGUUGAAGUUACAAAAGAAGGCGUGAAGCUGUGUACCAUGGGUCCCGGAAAAGUGUUUGGGGAGCUGGCUAUCCUUUACAACUGCACCCGGACAGCGACCGUCAAGACUCUUGUAAAUGUGAAACUUUGGGCCAUUGAUCGACAAUGUUUUCAAACAAUAAUGAUGAGGACAGGACUCAUCAAGCACACCGAGUACAUGGAAUUUUUAAAAAGUGUUCCAACAUUCCAGAGCCUUCCUGAAGAGAUCCUUAGCAAGCUUGCUGAUGUCCUUGAAGAGACUCACUAUGAAAAUGGGGAAUAUAUUAUCAGGCAAGGAGCAAGAGGGGACACCUUCUUUAUCAUCAGCAAAGGAAAGGUGAAUGUUACUCGUGAAGACUCACCUAGUGAAGACCCAGUCUUUCUUAGGACUUUAGGAAAAGGAGAUUGGUUUGGAGAGAAAGCUUUGCAGGGGGAAGACGUGAGAACAGCAAACGUCAUUGCCGCAGAAGCCGUAACCUGCCUUGUGAUUGACAGAGACUCUUUCAAGCAUUUGAUUGGAGGGCUGGACGAUGUUUCUAAUAAAGCAUAUGAGGAUGCAGAAGCAAAAGCAAAAUACGAAGCCGAAGCUGCUUUCUUCGCCAACCUGAAGCUGUCUGAUUUCAACAUUAUUGAUACCCUUGGAGUUGGAGGUUUCGGACGAGUAGAACUGGUCCAGUUGAAAAGUGAAGAAUCCAAAACAUUUGCAAUGAAGAUUCUCAAGAAACGCCACAUUGUGGAUACCAGACAGCAGGAGCACAUCCGCUCAGAGAAGCAUAUCAUGCAGGGGGCUCAUUCCGACUUCAUAGUGAGGCUAUACAGAACAUUUAAGGACAGCAAAUAUUUGUAUAUGUUGAUGGAAGUUUGCCUAGGUGGAGAGCUCUGGACCAUUCUCAGGGAUAGAGGUUCAUUUGAAGAUUCUACAACCAGAUUUUACACAGCAUGUGUGGUGGAAGCUUUUGCCUAUCUGCAUUCCAAAGGAAUCAUUUACAGGGACCUCAAGCCAGAAAAUCUCAUCCUAGAUCAUCGAGGUUAUGCCAAACUGGUUGAUUUUGGCUUUGCAAAGAAAAUAGGAUUUGGAAAGAAAACAUGGACUUUUUGUGGGACUCCAGAGUAUGUAGCCCCAGAGAUCAUCUUAAACAAAGGUCAUGACAUUUCAGCUGACUAUUGGUCAUUGGGAAUUCUAAUGUAUGAACUUCUGACUGGCAGCCCACCUUUCUCAGGCCCAGAUCCUAUGAAAACCUAUAACAUCAUAUUGAGGGGGAUUGACAUGAUAGAAUUUCCAAAGAAGAUUGCCAAAAAUGCUGCUAACUUAAUCAAAAAACUAUGCAGGGACAACCCGUCGGAAAGAUUAGGAAAUUUGAAAAACGGAGUGAAAGACAUUCAAAAGCACAAAUGGUUUGAGGGCUUUAACUGGGAAGGUCUGAGGAAGGGCACCUUGACUCCUCCCAUCAUACCAAGCGUUGCAUCACCCACGGACACAAGUAAUUUCGACAGUUUUCCUGAGGACAGUGAGGAGCCACCGCCUGAUGACAACUCAGGCUGGGAUAUAGACUUCUAAUGUAUUUCUCUUACCUGCUUCUGCCUUGCUGAAGACAGCUUUUUCUGAGACACAGCUGCCAGCAAACUUGAGGGAAAGAGAGAAGAUUAGUGCUCGGGGUCACCAUGAUGCCUUUGAUCGAUGCUGCUCCAGUAACUACAGUGGCAUUAGGACUUAUUGCUUAGAUGACAAUAGUGCUCUUUACAUGUUUUCUGUUUGAACCUAAAAUAGCAGUUGACAUGGUGGUCCUGAAGCAAAGCCUUUCACCAGUAAAGUGAUGUUUUCUAUUGUUGCAACGAUCUUGCUUUGCUCUGACUAUAAUUUGAAAGACUGUAGGAAGCACUUCAAUCUAGUAAAAGAGUCUGUACCUUGCUAGACUUUUCAAGAUGAAAGAAUAAUAUAUUGGUACGAUAGAUGAUGAUGGUACAGAACCUGGGCUAUCCCCUUUUUUAAAAUGAAGGUUGUGGAACCUAUUACUGCAAGCCGGUGUAUAUACCUUAGAAAAGAGGACCACACAUCUGUGGGUCAUGGAGUUCAUGUCAAACCAGUGCUAGAAGUUUCAUGAUUUUAUUUCCCAGCAGUGCUGAUGACAAGACUGAAUGUUACCUUUUCUUUCUGACAGAUUUUAAAAAUUGAUAUGAUAAAAGCACAACUGCUAUGGAUUCUCCUGAGACCUUUCAUAGCAGGUAUAUAUGCGUUUUAGCAGAGGAUUGAAAAAAAUGCAUGAUAUUCAUUUCUUUUUGAUAAAUUGGCAUGAUAGAGUGGGGGGAAAAGCAAUUCACAAAACCAUUUCAUGUUUUAAAAAAAUAUUGUGCUUAAAGAUGGUCCUGGAAAUAAGUGACUAGCAGCCAAUUGGUUUAUCUAUUUACCUAACAUACCCUCAAACUGAGGCUUAAAAUAUUUCCUUUUAUAAAAAUAAACCCUUGAGUUAGGGGUGGGAUAGGGUGGGGCGGGAUUAAGACCCAUCCAAAAAAAAAAAAAAAAAAACUAUAUAGGUGCUAUGUGUAUCUUUCAUCUGUAAUGUCAGUGUCUGAACAGACAACACAAAUUCUAAACCUUACAUGUCUAGCCAGAGACUCAAGCAUUUUCACUAAAUUUAUUAAACCAAACACCUGUCAGAUUUCACUUACACAACAUAGUCUAGGUUUGAGAGAAAAAGGUGAUUUGGAAAUCUUUUUGAACUAGCUUCUUGUCUUAGGCCUGAACCAAAAAAGAAAAAAAGAAAAAGAAAGUCAGAAAACACAAUGUCAAAGUUAUUAAAGUUCACAAAACCAGGAAGCUCACUCAUUUGAGGUCAGGAAAGAAAACAAGAAAUUGUCCAGGUGUUGAUUACCUUUUCCUGAAUAAGCCCACACAUUUGUUCAAGUAGAAAAGGGUUAGAGAAGGAAAAAGGAACCUGAGUUCAUAAAAAUUGAUUUUAGCUAAAUAAAACAAAUAUUAGUGAACCUGAAAUUUAUACUAGACUAGAAAUGAAAAUAUCAAACUGAUUUGCUUUUUUUCACAUAAAGAAUCAGCAAAUGAAACCAAGUCCGUUGGCGGCAGGCUGGUUGAACAUUAUUAGCUGUCAAUAGCCGAGUUUUCUGGAAGCUUUUCCUUGACAGAUAGCAUUACACCUACAAAGACCAAUGUAUAACCUUCAAAGCUGUCUUGGAACUGUGUGUGAACUUGGUAUAAUUAAGACAGGUUUGCUUUUUAACAUUAGAGUGUUUUACUAAUCAAUCUAAUGUAGACGUUUCUGCAAAACUAUAUUGAAUUGGCUUGUCAUAUCUAGCCAAGAAAGUGUAUAAUUAUGAAUUUUGUUUGAAUUUUUCAUACUCAAAAAACUACUUUAGAACAUGAUAUCAAAAUAUACUCUAAAACAUGUUCAGCAUAAAACUACUGUUUGUAUUAUGUAUAAUUAGGAUAAAAUUUGAUUAAAAUUUUGAUCCUAAGAUAUUAUUGAUAUUAUUGUUAUUGGAACAUUCCCUCCCUUACAAAUUCUCAAAAUCAUUAUAUAUAUAUAUAUAUAAUUCCAAUUACCACCAAUGUUCAGUGAUUUUUGUUUAAAGAUUGUGUGGUGCAAAAGGCUUGCUAGAAUAUUAAAUUUACCUUGUCAUUAGGAAAGUAAAUCUGAUCCUACAAAUUUUCAAAUAUCACAAAAGUCCCAGAAAUUAGCACUUACUGUGCAUUUUGGACUAUGGUUCACGUCUAAGACAACCCAUUUGGAAAGUUCUGUGGAGAAGGAAGAAGUAGCAUUCAGCACAACGUAACUGUAGAUUGUUUUUCCCACCUGUACCUACAUCUUUGUUCAUUUCACCCAUAACAUUGCAUCAGGAUGUCUAAAGCAAUCACCAAAAACUAAAGGUGAACUAUAUCUUCCAAGAAUUAUUAACAGAAAACAUUCAUCUGAUUUACAAUAUUUAAUUUUAAGGAAUUAAAUCUUGUCUUAAUGAAGACACUAGGGCUAUAAUUCAUGAUCAGCUUCAUAAAGUGCAUCUCAUUUUACUUCUGAAUUUUUCAUGCCCCUUCUUUUUUCUUACAUUAAAGAACAUCUGGAUAAGUUAGAAUAGUGCCAACUUGUUUGAUUUGUGAAAUGACUUUCUUGUCAAUAUUUCCAGUAUGGGAAAUAAGGGCUUUCUGUGUGUCUUGAUUCACAGGAAAACUGAAAACUGCCAAGGAAAGGAACAUCAAAGUUGAGAUAGAUUGAAUACAUUAGAGAAAAUUAUUUGUGGAAAAUUGCUGUAAUUGAUUUUUAUGUUUAUUACCUUCCUUGUUAUUACAGUAUGAAUCAGACCCAUGUAGCAUUUAAAACAAAUGUAUUUUGAUUAUAUACUUAAUAAAUCAUAGUUUUUACUUACAAUUAUAAAUAUACAUGUGAAUUUUACAUGUACAAUGAUACAUACAUAACUAUUGGAUUUUUCUUGCUUCAUUUUUAAAUGACUGAACUGAUGAUGAACUUAAAGAAGUCAGCUACCAUAUUGACAACAAGAAUAUUAGAACUGAUUUCAUACAAUAGAGGUGAUCUGUGCAUUAUCCAUAACACUGUUUUCUUUCACAAUAGGACCACAGACAAAUAUUUAUGUAAAUAGAUAUUUUUGUGUGAUAUUUUGUGGUACAUAUAACUUUUUUUAGUGUUUCACAGCAUUAUUAUUUUGUUUUAUUUGUAUUGAAUAAUGUUUUUAGGUCCAAGUAGACUUGAAUUAAUGUCAUAAUUGUCAGUAUUAUUGAAAACUAUGUCAACAGUACUGUUAUUCAUCUGUCCCAUAGUUUAGAACAUGACCUGGCUAUCUGGCAUUGUUGCAAGUGCCUUAAAUUCAUGGCAUCUGAUUAAAAAAAAUAAAUUUGGUGUUAUGCUGCAUGACAAAGACAAACACACCUCAAAAUGUUGUCCUUUCUUAGCUUGCUGCGUUUUACAGUUCUUUCUGCUAACAAUUUAUAAGCCUUUAUUAUAUAAUAUUGAUGAAUUACAGAAAUGAUGAAGUUGUUCUCUUAUUUCUGUUAAAUGUACCAGAGCUGUGUAUCUGUUAAUGAGAUACAGCGUCAUUUCUGUGAAAUGUAUAAAUGUAUGUGCAGGUCAAAUUAAUAUAUGACAUACUAUCAGUCUGUAUACAGGUAUUCCUGUUUUGCUAAGCUGUGCAGAUUCAGUGAAAAAGCAAUUAGUGCAGUCAUAUUCUAGCAUAUCUCAUUUUAUAGACUCCAUUAACAAUGGUCCAACCCAAAAGAAAAUCAGAAAUGACUGCUAACCACACCUCGUUCUGAAACCAAUGACGAAAAAGUAACUUGAUGCACCACUCAACAAAACAGGAUGCUUUCUUUGAGUUCUUGUGUAUGCAAAUCAUUUAUGAGGCAAGUUUUCGACAGACCUGGAAAGCAAAACUUUGAAAGUAUAUUGUAAGCCCUCCUCUUUAUCUGCCCCUGCAUCAACAGACAGAGCUCUGGGACCUUGACCAUGACUCAGAGGUUUGGGCUUUCUGAGUAAAGGGACAUUUCUUUAAGCAUCAUCUAUCAAAUUUAUUUCAAUGUAUGAUGUUUUUACAACUGGUCAGUUCUUUUGUAUUCUUACUGCUAUGGUUAUUUGAUUGUCCUCUUAGAAUUUGUUCUACAUGAAAGAGUCCUUUGUUAGUCAGAAUGCAACAAACUGUCAUCAAAUGGUCAUUGACCACUUGCACUCUUUUGAUGUAGAUUAAAAACUUUUUCAUAAACUUAACCUGCUUUGAUUUGCUCUGUAUUUUUCCUGCAGCUGUAAUUGCUGAGUGCCUGUUGUAUACUUUAUAGAGUUGAAAUAAAAAAUAAUUACUUUUGAA